CAUGUAUAUAUAAUCCAUUAUUAUUAUUUGUUGGGGACUCUUAAAGUUAUUAGAUCACUGAAAUAGAGAGCCAUGGGAAGAGCUCCAUGCUGUGACAAGGCUAAUGUAAAGAGAGGGCCAUGGUCUCCUGAAGAAGAUGAGAAGCUGAAGAACUACAUAGACAAAUAUGGCACUGGUGGUAAUUGGAUUGCUCUUCCACAAAAAGUUGGCUUGAAAAGAUGUGGAAAGAGCUGUAGACUUAGAUGGCUUAAUUAUCUGAGGCCUAACAUUAAGCAUGGUCAGUUCUCUGAAGCAGAAGAUAGAGUAAUCUGCAACCUCUUUGCUACCAUUGGAAGCAGGUGGUCAAUAAUAGCAUCUCAAUUACCUGGGAGAACUGACAAUGAUAUCAAGAAUUACUGGAACACCAAGCUCAAGAAGAAAAUGAUGGCCAUCCAUGAUAAUAAUAAUAAUAAUCUAUUAUCUUCUUCAAUUCUUCAAAGGAAGCCUCCUACUCCCCCUCAUCAUGAACAAGUUACCCUUUUAUCCAUGUUGCAAAAUAAUCCAACAUCAUCAUCAUUCAUCAGCCAUCAUGGUCCUGCUGAUGGAUCAUCCUAUUCUUCUUCAUACUCAUCAAGCCUUCUGAGUAGUGGUGGAAAUAACUCUUCCACUUCCAAUUCCAAUUUUCAAGGGCAAGAAAGUAAUUUGAUGGGACAUAGCAUGUUUGUGUUUGGGGGUGAAGCUACUGCUAAUAGCUGCAGUUCUUCUGAUGCUAGCUGCAGCAAUAACAACAACAACAAUCAUGUGAUAGAGCAUGAUCAUCAUCACCAUGGAACUUUUGUUGAUCUCUACAAUAACAAUAAUAAUAAUGGUGGAAUAUUAUGGGGAGAAAAUCCAUUGGUGGAGGAUUAUGGCAUAGUAGAAGAAAUCAAAGAGCUAACAGCCACUACUACUACUACAUCUACUACUAAUUGUAACAAUAACUUUUUGUUAGCUGAAAAGAAGACAGACGAAAGGGUCAUGUACUACUAUUGAGUACUCAUAUUCUAUCAUAUCUUGCUCACUUUCUUUAUUAUGUUAUUGCCUAACAAUAAUAACAUACUCCACAUUUCAUCA